AUGAGUGUGUGGUUCUCGGCGGGGAGGAGAUCACACACUCGGGCUAUAGUAGUAGGGUGCGGAGUCUACGGACGCUGGAAGAGUGCCUGUCUGGAUUGUCCCAGUCAUCACUGUUGGUCCAUUCAAGCUAAAAGCUAUCAUAUAAUCAGUAGCACAGACACCUGGCACCCUUCUCGUGGCUGGAUGUUCUGUCAGCCCUUGCUUGUCUUCUUCAGGGUACAGCUGCAUCAGACGCCUCUCCCAGGACACUCCUGGUAGGGGACAAAAAACUCCACCAGUGUGAGAGUGAGAGGGUGCAAAUAUGGAUGACAUCUUCACUCAGUGCCGUGAAGGAAAUGCGGUAGCCGUCCGUCUGUGGUUGGACAACACAGAGAAUGACCUCAACCAGGGGGAUGAUCACGGGUUCAGUCCGCUGCACUGGGCGUGCCGUGAGGGCCGCUCCAGUGUCGUAGAUAUGCUCAUCAUGAGAGGGGCACGCAUCAAUGCCAUGAACCGUGGUGACGACACACCCCUGCACCUGGCUGCAAGCCAUGGCCAUCGGGAUAUUCUGACCAAGCUCAUCCAGUGUAAAGCAGAUACCAAUGCGGCAAACGAGCAUGGCAACACCCCUCUCCAUUAUGCCUGUUUCUGGGGCCACGACCUGGUGGCUGAGGAUCUAGUCAAUAACGGUGCUCAGGUGAGCAUCUGCAACAAGUACGGAGAAACUCCACUGGACAAAGCCAAACCACCGCUGGCCGCAAAUCUGAAAGAGCUGGCAGAGAAACAGGGACAGAGCCUGAACAAAGUUCUCUUUAAGGACACUUUCUGGAAGGGAACCACUCGAACACGACCACGUAAUGGCACACUAAACAAACAAGCUGGCAUAGAUUAUAAGCAGCUCUCGAUGCUGGCCAAAAUCAACGAGAACCACUCUGGGGAGCUGUGGCAGGGCCGCUGGCAGGGCAAUGAGAUCGUGGUCAAGAUGCUUCAGGUGCGGGACUGGACUACCAGAAAGAGCCGUGACUUCAAUGAGGAGUACCCGAAAUUAAGAAUCUUCUCCCACCCAAAUGUGUUGCCUGUGUUGGGGGCAUGUCAGGCACCACCUGCCCCACACCCAGUCAUAAUCACACACUGGAUGCCCUAUGGCUCGCUUUACAAUGUGCUUCACGAGGGCACCAACUUUGUUGUGGAUCAGACUCAGGCAGUGAAGUUUGCUCUGGAUAUAGCAUGCGGAAUGGCUUUCCUGCACACAUUGGAGCCCAUGAUCCCUCGGCACUAUCUCAACAGCAAGAGUGUCAUGAUCGAUGAAGACAUGACAGCUAGGAUAAGCAUGGCAGAUGUAAAGUUCUCUUUCCAGUGUCCUGGCAGGAUGUACUCUCCGGCAUGGGUGGCACCUGAAGCCCUGCAGAAGAAGCCAGAGGAGAUUAACCGUCGCUCUGCAGACAUGUGGAGCUUCGCUGUGUUGGUAUGGGAGCUGGUCACUAGAGAGGUGCCCUUCGCUGACCUCUCAAACAUGGAGAUUGGCAUGAAGGUAGCAUUAGAGGGACUGCGACCCACCAUCCCACCUGGCAUCUCCCCCCACAUCUGCAAGCUGAUGAAGAUCUGCAUGAAUGAGGAUCCUGCCAAGAGGCCCAAAUUUGACAUGAUCGUACCUAUCCUAGAAAAGAUGCAAGACAAAUAAUCAGCCCUGCUGGCCGUCCCCCCAAAACACUGAGUUCACAGUAUUGCCUUAAGAUUCACCACUCACCAAAGUGCUCUGUGCCACUGUAACCCUCUGCUAAAGAAAAAACGUUUUAAUACUUAGAGCGCUGUUGAACUUUUAAAGCCACAUUGUCAAUAUCUCUUAUAUUCUUAUAUGCAGUCAUUGGAUAAUGUAUGUGUUUGUGCCUGUUCAUCAGUCUGUAUUUUCUUUUUCUCUGGAGUGUUUGUGGAACAAUGCUAUACUCUCUUAAAACCUCUUUUCUAUAGCCAAUUUAACAGGAAGCGGUGCCGAUGGUCAUUGGACACAGUGAAUGUACUGUAGAAUAAGUUUUCAACUAACCACUUCCCAUUUUGAGCAUUUUUUUCAGCACUCCAUUUCUGUCUUGAUUUCUUCAACAUGUCACCAAGAUCAGUUGAAAGUUUUAAAGGAUUCAUCCAAAAAUGAAAAUUCUGACAUAAUUUACACACCCCCAUGUUGUUCCAAAUCCGUAUGGGGUUCGUUAUUCUGUGGAACACAAAAGGAGAUGUUUGGCAAGAAUGCUUGUGUCAGUCACCUUUUAUUUGCAUUGUAUGGAAAAAUAUGCAAUGAAAGUGAAUGGUGACUGAGGCUAACAUUCUGCCUAAAAUCUCUUUUUGUGUUCCACAGAAGAAAGUCAUAUGAGUGUGGAACAACAAGAGGGUGAGUAAACGAUGACAGUUUUCAUUUUUGGGUGAACUGGCCAUUUAAUAGUAGUUAGGCUAGCUCAAAAUCAGUCGACAUCAAAAUGUUUUAUGGCUUUCAUGUGUGCACCCUAAGGGAUUUGCUGAGUAACAGAAAAAGGUUUUCAUUACUGUCUGUGUUAACUGUAUGCAAAAAAUAAAAGUAUGCAACAGCAGCUCUUUAGUAUUUAAAA